UGUCAUAUGAGCGUCUGUCACAUGAUGUAAACAUGGCAGACGUGUAGGAAGAGAGCCUCAAAUUUCAUCGAAAUGAAAUAAAGGUUUGGACGGUGGCAGGGCCAUGGAUUUUUGUCAUCAAUGGCGGCAUUGGAUACGGCCGUUUGUUAUCUGUUUAUACUUUGUUUUAGCAAUUAUUGCGCUGCCAUUAUGUGUAGUAGAACUCAAUAGGAAAGGCGCACCUCGUCACGUUCAGGCAUGGUUUGCUGGUGGGAUUUUUGUGAUGAUGGCCAUUCCCAUAUCAUUAUGGGGGAUACUUCAACACUUAGUCAACUACACCCAGCCAAACCUUCAGCGGCACAUUAUCAGGAUAUUGUGGAUGGUUCCAAUAUAUGCCACCAAUGCAUGGUUUGCCUUACGAUUUCCAGAGGCUGCCAUUUACUUGGACACAGCCAGAGAAUGCUAUGAAGCAUAUGUCAUAUACAACUUCAUGGCAUACCUGUUAAAUUACCUCUGGAUAGAAAAUCCCAACCUUGAAAUCAUUCUAAGGAACAAGGAUCAGGUGAAACACAUCUGCCCAUUUUGCUGUUUUCCACCCUGGCAAAUGAAGUUUUCCUUCAUUGAAAGAUGUAAACACGGAGCGUUACAGUACACAAUCAUCAGACCAGUGACUACUUGUAUAGCUUUAAUCUGUCAACUGAAAGGUGUAUACAAUGAAGGGGAUUUUGAUUUUAAAUCAGCCUGGUCCUAUCUAGUCAUUAUCAACAACAUUUCACAAAUUUGGGCAAUGUACUGCCUGGUGUUGUUUUACAAAGCGAUGAAGCAGGAGUUAGCUCCCAUUAGACCUGUACCAAAGUUCCUCUGUGUUAAAUUUGUUGUCUUCUUCUCAUUCUGGCAGUCUGUAGCCAUUGCUAUACUGGUCAAACUGGACUGGAUUCCUCAAGGGGGUACUUGGGUUUUCUACCACAACAUUCAUGAUGUGGCUACUGGAUUACAGGAUUUCCUGAUCUGUAUAGAAAUGUUCUUAGCAGCCAUUGCACACUACUAUUCAUUUUCCCAUAAGCCAUUCAUCAGAAGUGACAAUGAAAAUGUUAGCUGUUUCACUUCAUUCCUGUCUAUGUGGGAUGUGUCAGACAUGAGAGAUGAUGUCAUAGAACAUGUCAAAGUUAUAGGCAAAACAGUGAAAAAGACCAUCAGCAAGCCACAGCUCAAAACAGAUAAUGAACGGACACCUUUACUAGCAGAUGGGGAUACACAGUCCUCCCGCAGAGAUCUGAUGGGGUCCCAGAGCAGUGCAGACUGGGAUGCAGCAUCAUUGGAGAACAGUGAACGACCCUUCCCAACAGUCACUCUGGACUCGCCCAGCAUGAACAACUAUAUAGUCUUGGGGGAGGAGGAGAAUGACCAGGGGGUGGACAAAACAGACACUCAGACAGAGGGAGAUCUAAAAGGAACACAAGGCAGGGAUCAGAAUUCUGGUCAAGUGACAGAUCCUGGAUUGACCAAUCAGAAAGAUAUAUCUGUACCAAAGACAGUGGUAGAUGUGCAUAGCCCAAACCAGGAGGAUAGUGUACAUAGCCCAAACCAGGAGGAUAGUUUACAUAGCCCAAACCAGGAGGAUAGUGUACAUAGCCCAAACCAGGAGGAUAGUGUACAACCAGAUUCCAAGUCCUAGCAUUCCACUGUAACAUUUGUCAUACCUAUCUGUUACUGUACUUCACCAUUAUCACUUUACACGGUACUGUAUGAAUUAUGCAGUAUUGUUGGUUUCACUCUCUAUAGAAUCACUUUGUCUAUUUAGCAUUUUAUUUAUUCAUUCUGUAUACAAUUUUUAAUGUAGUUUUUAAUGCUAUAAGUAGUUUAUAUAUAGAGAAAAUGUGACAUAAUUUUCCUCAAAUGGUUAUAAGAUCAAGGAGGUGGAUUAAUUUUCUUUGUUUAUGUGGUACAGAUUAUACCCAGAAAUUCCAGUCCUUCUCAAACAUACACAAGAUAAACCACCAUAAGAGAAAUAGCUCUCUAUCCAAAAUUCUAUACACCACAAGCAUUUGUAAUCUUUUGUCAUGUUACCGGGUGAUAACUCAAACAAGCAUACCGGUCACAAGGUUUAUUUUAUCACAAUCGAUCAGAAUAACAUCAUUUACAGAUCAUCCAAAUGUUAUCCAAUAAAUAUCAUCCAAAAGAUUCUACAACAAGUAAUAACAAAUAUUAAACAUGCACACAUUACAUAUGACACACGACAUAAAAUCACGGACAGACAUGGCGAAGAAAUAAUUCCAUAUUAAUUAGUUCCAUUAAUCACAUAAAUAGAAUUGUCUUUUCUUCAUCAGAUCAAUCAUUACUAUAAAAUCAUAAUUAAUCAAAUUUACUUAAUAUUCUGCAUUUAAAACUAAGAACCUGUCCAGAACAUAUAAUGACUAGACAAGCAUAUUAAACACCACCUAAACAAUACUUAACACACUCUUACCAAAUAUGUGGUAUUAGAAUCCGGAUGGAUCUAUAGUAACAUGUAGGUCUGGUGUAUAUCUAUCAAUUAAUACAAACAUAUAUAUUACUCGGAUUUCUGAAGCAAUACACUCAUUAUGAAAUAAAUGGAAAUAAAAUACUCAUACUACUCUUACUCUCACUCACUCUAUGCAUACAAUCCUUAACAUAAUUAGUAACUGACCUGAUUAGUAGAUUGUAGUCUGUAAGUCCAAAUGUCCAAAGUUUUUAACUAAAGUAUGACGCAACUGACCAAUUCAAUUUCUAAAUUCAAACUGCAUCUUACACUGACCAAGAACUGUCAUGUGACCAAUAAUUAAGAAACGAACCGAUGAACCAUGAAAAACAAUCCGUAACCAACCUAAACUAUAGCUGGCCAUAAGGGAAAUACUCAAAUAUUAAAAGUUGUUUAACACCAACUAUGGAAACCUGUUUGUGUAUUUAUUGCACAUAUUAAGCUGAUAUUAUUUAUUGAAAAUUAAAAACACUGAACAUAUGUAGUAAUAUAAAUUAAACAUUUUAUUAUUCCAGACGGGUAAGGAUGCUCUACCACAGUCAGGCCAUUAUUUGACUACAAUACUACAGGGUAGAUAAAACAUUUUUACAGGUGACAUAUUGCAAGGUACAUGUAGUCUGUUGCAGUCUUAAUAUAACAUAUACAGCAUAUUUAUAAUCAAUACUGAAAGGAGAUGUGUGCGAGUUUUGUGUCUCUUGGAUAGGUCAAGGCCUUUGCAAGCUACCAUACAUUGUUUUUUUCUCCAUCUGGCUGUCUGCAACUUUAAUGUUGGUCAAUGGUUUUUUUAAAAGCACUGUAGAAUAGUUAUAGCGAAUCUCCAGGGCCAACGAAAAUCUGUUCAUAUAAACAAACUUUGUUAUAUCCAAUAAGAUUUUUCUCUCAUAGGAGAAUAAAUAUCACUCCACAAUAAACCUGAAUUCAUUUUGAGCAUGUUUCUUACAUUCAUAUUUUACUGUAUGUAUGAUAGAGACCUGAUACAUGAUGAAGUGAAAAGUGGAGUUUUGUUUCCCCAGUAAAUUGUUCAGUUUCCCCUUUAAAUUGUUCAGUUUCCUCUGUAAAUUGUUCAGUUUCCCCUGUAAAUUGUUCAGUUUCCUCUGUAAAUUGUUCGGUUUCCUCUGUAAAUUGUUCAAUAUGAUAUUUGUCUUAAACUUUUCAAAAGCACACAGGCCAUUAUCAAAUCUGUGAAAUCAUUUUAUGUGAAUGUCAUAUGAUGACAUGAUUAAAUGAGUUUUAUAUUUAUAUUUAUAAUAUGUACCAAAGUUUUGCCAUUAAUAAACUUAUAAUGUUUCAUUGUU